ACCUGGAAGGUCCUGUCAGCCCAUCCUAGACACCCUGAAGACACCAGUGACCAAGACCCAGUCUGGAGCUGGUGCCAUGUGCCCAUGGAGCCACAGGCUCUGGGUGCCUCUGUCCAGUCCUGCCUGCUAGCCUCAGAGAAGCCAGAGGCGUAGGCAACAUACAAGAGUGUCAGCAGACAGAUGCAUCUCAGGCUGUGAGGCUCGUGAGCAGGCUGCUGGACCGGGCCACCGGCGAAGAAGAUGCCAGCCAAGGGGCGCUACUUCCUAAAUGAGGGUGAUGAAGGCCCCAACCAGGCAGCGCUCUAUGAGAAGUACCGCCUCACCAGCCAGCAUGGGCCACUGCUGCUCUUGCUCCUCCUGGUGGCUGUGGCCACCUGCAUCGCGCUCAUCAGCAUCGCCUUCAGCCAUGAGGGUCCCCCCAGACACCAGGCUCUCCUGGGCACUGCGUUCUUCAUGCUGACGCUGUUUUUGGCUCUCUACGCGCUGGUCUAUGUUGAGUGUCUGGUGCGGCGAUGGCUACGUGCCUUGGCUCUCCUCACCUGGGCCUGCCUCAUGAUGCUAGGCUCCGUGCUGGUGUGGGACUCCUGGAAGAACGAAGCCUGUGCGUGGGAGCAGGUGCCCUUCUUCCUGUUCAUCGUCUUUGUGGUGUACGCACUGCUGCCCCUCAGCACGCGGGCAGCCAUCACAGUGGGCAUGGUCUCCACUGUCUCCCACCUCCUGGUGUUCGGAGCCGUGACAGGAGCCUUCAAGAUGUCCAUGUCCGGCACACAGCUGGGGCUGCAGCUUCUGGCCAACGCCAUUAUCUUCCUGGGUGGGAACUUCACGGGGGCCUUUCACAAGCACCAACUGCAGGAUGCUUCCCGGGACCUCUUCACCUACACCGUCAAGUGCAUCCAGAUCCGCCGGAAGCUGCGUGUGGAGAAGCGCCAGCAGGAGAACCUGCUGCUUUCGGUGCUCCCAGCCCACAUAUCCAUGGGCAUGAAGCUGGCCAUCAUUGAGCGCCUCAAAGAGGGUGGCGACAACCGCCACAUGCCUGACAACAACUUCCACAGCCUCUAUGUCAAGCGGCACCAGAAUGUCAGCAUCUUGUACGCAGACAUCGUGGGCUUCACACGGCUGGCCAGCGACUGCUCCCCCAAGGAGCUGGUGGUGGUGCUCAAUGAACUGUUCGGGAAGUUUGACCAGAUUGCCAAGGCCAACGAGUGCAUGCGGAUCAAGAUCCUGGGUGACUGCUACUACUGUGUGUCAGGCCUGCCUGUGUCGCUGCCCACCCACGCCCGCAACUGCGUCAAGAUGGGGCUGGACAUAUGUGAGGCCAUUAAGCAGGUGCGUGAGGCCACAGGAGUGGACAUCAGCAUGCGUGUGGGUAUCCACUCUGGGAAUGUGCUGUGUGGGGUCAUCGGGCUCCGCAAAUGGCAGUAUGAUGUGUGGUCCCAUGAUGUGUCCCUCGCCAACAGGAUGGAGGCAGCUGGAGUCCCCGGCCGGGUGCACAUCACAGAGGCGACACUGAACCACCUGGACAAGGCGUACGAGGUGGAGGAUGGGAAUGGGCAGCAGCGCGACCCCUAUCUGAAAGAGAUGAACAUCCGAACCUACCUGGUGAUCGACCCUCGGAGCCAGCAGCCGCCCCCACCCAGCCAUCACCUCCCCAAGCCCAAGGGGGAUGCUACCCUGAAGAUGCGGGCUUCCGUUCGUGUAACCCGCUAUCUCGAGUCCUGGGGGGCAGCGCGGCCCUUUGCACACCUCAACCACCGGGAGAGUGUGAGCAGCAGUGAGACCCCCAUUCCCAAUGGACGGAGGCCAAAGGCCACUUCUCUGCGCCGCCACCGUGCCCUUGACAGGAGUGCAUCCCCCAAGGGGCGCCUGGACGAUGACUGUGAUGAUGAGAUGCUGUCAGCCAUUGAGGGGCUCAGCUCCACCAGGCCCUGCUGCUCCAAGUCUGAUGACUUCCACACCUUUGGUCCCAUCUUCCUGGAGAAGGGCUUCGAGCGUGAGUACCGCCUGGUGCCCAUCCCCCGGGCUCGCUACGACUUCGCCUGUGCCAGCCUUGUCUUCGUCUGCAUCCUGCUUGUCCACCUUCUAGUGAUGCCCAGGAUGGCCACUCUGGGUGUGUCCUUUGGACUGGUGGCCUGCCUGCUGGUGCUGGUGCUAAGUUUCUGCUUUGCUACCGAGUUCUCGCGGUGCUUUCCAGCCCGAGGUACACUGCAGGCCAUCUCGGAGAGUGUGGAGACGCAGCCCCUGCUCAGGCUGUCCCUGGUUGUGCUGACCGUUGGCAGCCUACUGACUGUUGCUGUCAUCAACAUGCCACUGAUGCUUAACUCAGGCCCAGAGCAGCCCAGCGGCAAUGACACAAGCCACUCCAGGAACGGAGUUGGGACCCCUUGUGAGCUCCUCCCGUACUACACCUGCAGCUGCAUCCUGGGCUUCAUUUCGUGCUCCGUCUUCCUGCGGAUGAGUCUGGAACUGAAGGCCAUGCUGCUGACAGUGGCCUUGGUGGCUUACCUGCUGCUCUUCAACCUCUCCCCAUGCUGGCACGUCCCAGGCAAUGGCACUGAGGCCAACAGUACAGAUAGGACACUUCCCCACACAGAGCCUGCUGCACAAGGCACGCACAGCCACACCCCUGCUCUGGGGGCCCAGGCGACUGCCCUCUUCCCCAGCAGAUGUUUAGAGAGAGACCUGAAGACUAUGAUCAACUUCUACCUGGUCCUGUUCUAUGCCACCCUCAUCUUGCUGUCUAGACAGAUUGACUACUACUGCCGCUUGGACUGUCUGUGGAAGAAAAAGUUCAAGAAGGAGCAUGAGGAGUUUGAAACAAUGGAGAACGUGAACCGCCUCCUCCUAGAAAACGUGUUGCCGGCGCACGUGGCUGCCCACUUCAUUGGUGACAAGGCAGCUGAGGACUGGUACCAUCAGUCCUAUGACUGUGUGUGCGUCAUGUUCGCAUCCGUUCCGGACUUCAAAGUGUUCUACACCGAGUGCGAUGUCAACAAAGAAGGGCUGGAGUGCCUGCGCCUGCUGAACGAGAUCAUCGCUGAUUUUGACGAGCUGCUGCUAAAGCCCAAGUUCAGUGGCGUGGAGAAGAUCAAAACCAUCGGCAGCACCUACAUGGCCGCAGCAGGGCUCAGUGUCCCCUCAGGACACGAGAACCAGGACCUGGAGCGGCAGCAUGUGCAUAUUGGUGUCUUGGUGGAAUUCAGCAUGGCCCUGAUGAGCAAGCUGGAUGGAAUCAACAGGCACUCCUUCAAUUCCUUCCGCCUCCGAGUUGGCAUAAACCAUGGGCCUGUGAUUGCUGGAGUGAUUGGAGCACGCAAGCCUCAGUAUGACAUCUGGGGAAACACAGUCAAUGUUGCCAGCCGAAUGGAGAGCACUGGGGAGCUUGGGAAAAUCCAGGUUACAGAAGAGACGUGCACCAUCCUCCAGGGACUAGGCUAUUCCUGUGAGUGCCGAGGGCUGAUCAACGUCAAAGGCAAAGGAGAGCUGCGGACUUACUUUGUUUGUGCAGACACUGCCAAGUUUCAAGGGCUGGGGCUGAACUGAGGUGUCUGGCAGUCAGUCUCCUCCCCUGAGGGAGCCAAGAAUGCAGCCCCAUGCCAGCUGCAGAUGGCUUCUUUGGACUUGCACUACAGGAUGGCUUUGACACGUGCGUCAGAUUCUGUUUGAAGCAGCUAAGUUGUCCAGAGAACCUCUGCGCUUCAGCCUCUGCAGUUCCGAGUUAGCUAGAUCACUGGUUCACUGCAGGCUGGGGGUGUUCCCAAGGUGUUGGGGAAGAGAGCUUAGUGCAUGACCAAGACUAACUAACACCCACCUGGUGGCCAGUGAAGAGCAUACACAGGGUGACAAACCCUCUCCUGGUCCCAGCAGGCUCAGCCAGGCUGUCUUGCAUAGGUUGAAGCCUCCCUCUUCCCAUCAGUCCCACAAUGGGACAGUAAUCUCUCCUGUAGGCAUUCUGGUAAACGGAGUUGAAAACUGUGCAUACUGGUAGGUAGUUUCAAACAGUAGAGAAAAAUUUCUAACUGAUAUGUCACUUUUUACCAACUCUGGCUUAUGUUUGAAAUGGACAUGUCAUUAAUGGGAGUUUUAUCUACUACGGACUCUUAGAUGCUAGACAAAAAAACUCCUUUCCAGUAUAUUUUCUCUUCUUAACCACUGACUACAUGUAAAUAGGACUGCUGUUCAGUGUCAGUUUAUAGGAUUAGCUUGGCUGCAGGAUAGAGGUCUGAGGAAUGGGGCUCACAGCAAGACGCAAGGAGCAGUGAAGCCUUGGAUCUGCAUCAAGCUUUUUUGAUGUCUUUUGGGACAAGGUUCAGGAAGCUGAAAGUCUAGAAAUGAGGUAUAAUGUUUCAGUUCUUCUGUCUGCACUUUUUUUUUUUUUUUUGGAAACAAGGUCAGCCUAGGCUGGCCUCAAACUUUCAACUUUCCUGCAUGCUUUGAAUACAGAUGCGCACUACCAUGGCCAGCUUUUUUUCCCUGGGAAAGACUGUGUAGAGAGGGCUUGGACAAUCUGUGUACCUCUUGCCCUUUCUCUAAUCUUCUCAGCUGACGGCAGAGCUGCAGCUACAAUCUACUUGGCAGGAACAUGUGUUGAGGUCCCUGGCCUGUGAGUUGGGCCCCUCAACAAAUGCCAAGUUAUUCUCACUCAAACGAGUCAAGGCAAAAGCCAUCUUUGUGUGAUGGUGUCUUACUGUGCUUUAGCUCCAGACCAUUCAAACUGAGAGAUGACCAAACAUCCCACUCCUUUUUGGAAGUGACUUUACUGCCACAGAAUUUCACUACAUCAUGGUAUUCUUAGAAGUUGCCAAGGAGCCUACUACAUACAGUACAGAAAAUGAGGCACACAGGAGUCUGCAAAGAUAUAAGUGGUGUAGCCAGCCAGGGUGCUUCACUAGCCAGGUUUACCUGGGACUUCAGUCCCAGGAUGAGUAGUCAGGGAUGCAGAUGGGAGGAGACAGGACCUAUCUGCCAGCACUGUGUCCUAUGGAGCCAGGGAAGAGGGGGGCUGGUUCUACUUUGCACAAAGGAAUCUAGCAGUGGUCAGGGCUUCCCAGCAAGUCUCCCCUGGGGUUAGGAAGGUUCCUGCUGAGUCCACUGAUACAGUUCACCCCGAGCAGGAGCAGGAGCAGGAGCAGGAGGAGCAGGAGCAGG